CGCAGUGCGCGGUGACCCUGAGGGGCGGCCGGGGAAACAUGGCGGCGGCGGCCGGGCUCAUCGUGAAGGUGCGGCAGCUGAGUACGACGGCGGCCAGACCGGUGUCCAAGCUGGUUAAGCCGCCCAUCCAGGUGUACGGGCUGGAAGGGCGCUAUGCCACCGCCCUCUACUCGGCAGCCAGCAAGCAGAARAAGCUGGAGCAGGUGGAGAAGGAGYUGAUGCGUGUGUGGAGCCUCCUGAAGGACCCCAAGCUGGCCAGUGUGGUAAUGAACCCUCACACCAAGGGCUCAGUGAAACAAAAAGCCGUGAAUGAUGCCCUGGCAAAAGAGAGGAUGUCCCCAAUCACUGUCAACCUGAUGAAUCUGCUGGCUGAGAACGGCCGCCUGCGUUACACCCCAGGCAUCGUCUCUGCCUUUGCAAAGAUCAUGAGYGCCUUCCGAGGAGAGGUGGUGUGCACAGUCACCACGGCACAGCCCUUGGAUGAGGCCAGCCUCACUGAACUGAAAAGUGCUCUGAAUGGGUUCUUGGCUAAAGGAGAGGUCUUGAAGCUGGAGACCAAGACUGAUCCAUCAAUCCUUGGUGGCAUGAUUGUCAACAUUGGGGAGAAGUUCGUGGACAUGUCAACAAGGUCCAAGAUCCAGAAACUCACCAAAAUCAUGAGAGAGAGUGUCUAGAGAGCUGUCCUGGUCAUCCCCAGGGAUGAAACUAGAAACAAUAAAAUUCUUCCUUCUCGUGUU